AUGGCCGGUCUGAGAUACAUCGCCCCGGCCUUGGCCGUGGCAGCAGGUGCUGCUGCACAAGCAUGCGGCGGUGGCUCCGGCACAACCACCAUCCAGAGCAACGCAGACGCGACCGGGCUCUCCAACUGUCAGACAUACUCCGGCAGCAUCGCCAUCGCCACUGGCACCACCGACAGCAUCCAGCUCAGCGGCAUCACGAGCAUAUCCGGCUCUCUCGUCGCCAACAAUGUCACCGAUAUGACCUCACUCGCCGCCGACAGCUUGCAAGAGAUUGGCGAAGAAUUCAACCUGAACGGUCUGACCGUCCUCUCCACACUGAACUUCCCGGCCUUGAAGAAGGUCGACACCAUCGAAUGGAUUGCUCUCCCAGCUCUGCAGGGCCUGUCCUUCACCGCUGGUGUUGAGGAGAUCAACAUGCUCACCAUUGACAACACCCAACUGGGCUCGCUCGAUGGCAUCAACCUCCAGGUUGCCGACACCGUCUCCGUCACCAACAACCCAUACCUCACUUCCGUGAACAUGCAGCUUGGCAACGUGACCAAGUCGCUCACUUUCGGCGCCAACGGCCGUGACCUCGAGAUUGAAUUCCCCAACCUCAUCUGGGCCUACAACCUGACCUUCAGGAACUGCUCCGACAUCAGCCUCCCAUCUCUCGCCUCGAUCAACGGCUCCCUUGGCUUCUACAGCAACGGCUUCAAGAGCUUGUCCGCACCAAACCUCACCAGCGUCGGCGGCUCUCUGUCCUUCGUCAGCUGCGAGGAGGUGACCAACAUCACCCUCCCCGAGCUCACCACCAUCGGUGGUGGUUUCCUGGUUGCCAACAACACCGCAUUGGAGGACAUUGACGGCUUCUCGGCGCUCAAGACUGUUGGCGGUGCCCUUGACUUCAACGGCGCCUUCACCAAUGUCUCGCUCCCAGACCUCUCUGAUGUUCGCGGUGCUUUCAACCUCCAGUCUACCAAGGACAUCGACGAUGCUUGCAGCUACUUCCAGCCUCUCUCCGGCCAGAACAACGUCAUCAAGGGCGAGUACACUUGCAAGGGCGAGGAGAGCAACCCACAAGGUACCGGCACCCUGGAACCAGGCACCAACUCUGGAUCUGGCAGCAGCAGCAGCACGACCUCUUCCAGCGCGGCCUACCCAAUGCUCAUCCCAGGUGCCACUGGUGUUCUCGGUGUCGUCGCCGCCAUCUUCGGGCUUCUUUGA